UCUUAGGCUUAAUUCGUGCAAAACCAAAUCACCCGAAGUCAAGUCAAAUUCAUUCAGUUGAUUCUUUCCAAACUAAAAUGAUUCAAUCCUUAUAAACAGGGCAGCAAUCGAGCGAAAAAAAGAAAAACGAACCCUCACCAAGUAGUCCCCAUCACAAUGUGAUAAUGGUCGUAAUUACAGAUUUCAUAUUUGUUUAUCUUUCUGCUCCUACCAUCUCUCAGCCGCCCUUAACCCCUCUCUAACUUCGCACCAAUAAGAAUUGACAACCUGUUUCAAGAAAAAUCGUAAAAAGCAUGGCCAUGUAAGUGCUGGUCAUGGCUAUAUCGGCAAGCAUCGUAAGCACUCGAAAGGUCUUAAAAACGUCGAAGGCAUGCACCACCACAGGAUCCUUUUCGAUAAGUACCACUCUAGGUACUUUGGAAAAGUCAGAAUGAGAAGAAAAGAAAUAAACAAGAUAGUUUGUGAUGAGGGAAUCAAAGGCACCUUUGCUAUGGUGAAGUUUUUAAAACCCAACAAAGUCAUGAUCAUCCUCCAAGGUCGAUACGUCAGACGAAAAGCGAUGAUCGUGAAAUCCUUCAAUGGAGGGAUGUGUGAUCGCCCUUAUAGCCACUGUUUGGUUACAAGAAUAAAGAAGUAUCCAAGCAAGGUUAUCCAUAAGGACUCUGCCAAGAAAACAGCUAAGAAAUCACGCGUCAAGUGCUUUAUCAAGCUUGUGAAUUACCAACACCUGAUGGCCACGCGCUAUACCCUUGACGUGGACUUGAAAGACGUGGUUACCAUCAAUGCUCUUCAGACAAAGAACAAGAAAGUGGCUACUUGUAAGGCUACCAAGAAGAGGUUUGAAGAGAGGUUCAAGACUGGAAAGAACAGGUGAUUCUUUACCAAGCUUAGGUUUUGAGUAUUUUGUUAGAGUUGUUAAAAGUUUAAAAACUUUGGAUUUCAAGAUAGAUUUCAAUCUAUUUCACUGGGAUAUUUCUGGGUUCUUUUGUUGUUAUA